AUGUCUGGGAAAUAUGGACGAGUUGUAAAGUCGUGGAUAUUUCAUAUACAUGCUCUCUUUGUGAGCGAUGCAAAGUAUAUACAGGCUAUUUUAAGUCACCCAACGGAAAUAAAAAAGAAUCGCAUGUACUCCCUUUUAAAUCAAUGGCUGGGUGAUGGACUCCUAACAACAAGCAACCAGCCAAAGUGGCGGUCGCGACGUCGAGCAAUUACACCAGCAUUUCAUUUUCAAAUAUUAGAUAACUUUAUUCAUGUUUUUGAUCAACAGGCCUCAGUAUGUGUCAAAAAAAUAAGUCACCAUGCCCAGAAGUAUGCCUUCGACAUUGAACACUAUAUAGGAUUGGCCACAUUAGAUGUUAUAUGCGAGACGGCAAUGGGUGUAAAGAUAAACGCCCAGACUCAUGAACACUGUGAAUACGUUCGGAAUUUAAUCGAGAUGCAAAAUAUUUUUACGGAACGUUUUGUCAAAAUUGCAUAUAGAUCAGAAGUUAUGUUCAGAAUAUUCCAACCCAAUUUGUAUGCAAAAUACCAAAGCGUUAUGAAAAAUCUUCACAGUUUCACUGAAACUAUUAUAAGAGAAAGAAGGCAGUCCAAAAUUGACGAAAUGGAUACUGCGACAGGCAAUGCCAUUUCUGAAGGCGUUUCAAAUGUUUUCUAUGGCAAAAAGAAAAGCAUGGCUUUAUUGGACAUACUUCUAUCCGCCAAAGUUGAUGGCCGGCCACUGUCUGACAAAGAUAUUCGAGAAGAGGUCGAUACGUUUAUGUUCGAAGGUCAUGAUACCACCAAAAGCGGUCUCGGAUUCACAUUGUAUGCCAUAUCACGAAAUGAAGACGAUCAACAAAAACUAAAUGAGGAAUUGAUACGUGUUAUUGGAUCAAAUGUCGACGAGCCUCUAACUUAUAAUAAAUUGACGAACUUACACUAUAUGGACAAAGUUAUAAAAGAAUCGCUUCGUAUGUAUCCGCCAGUACCGUUUAUUGGUCGUCAAACAAUCGCAGAUCUAUAUAUAGAUAAUCAAUUGAUUCCUAAAGGAACGAAUAUAUUAAUCGGCAUUAUGACCAUGCAAAACGAUCCUGAAUACUUUACUGACCCCCAAAGAUUUAUGCCAGAUCGUGGUAUGCCCGAAAAUAACUUUGUAUUUGUGCCCUUUUCAGCAGGACCAAGAAAUUGUAUUGGCCAACGUUUUGCAAUGUUGGAAAUUAAGGCCUUUCUUACCAGAAUAAUUCAGUCCUUCGAACUACUACCUCUUGGGGAAUGCGUUGAGCCUACAAUUAGCAUAGUGUUAAAAUCGAAAAAACGGUUGGCAGAUGGGAUUCAAAAGAAGACAUUAAGUAAUAUCCAUGUCCGUCAUCAAUCGAUGUAUCAAUUUUCGAAGAUAACAAAUAAAGAGCAUAUUCUGAAGCUCUUGUCCAACUCCGUUCUAAAUGUCCAUUUUCGAAGAUAA